AGUAGAGACGGGGGUCGAGGAGAAGAAGGAAGCAGUCCUUCCAGGAGAAACAAGUGUGUGAUCUGUGCGUGUUUGUUUGCCCCCGUUCCAGAUGUUGUUCCUCGUCCUAGCCUUCUUCGCCAUCACGGCGCUCCUCCUCUACCUCGACAGUCGAAAGCCAAAGGGCUUCCCGCCUGGCCCAGACUGGCUGCCCAUCCUGGGCUCGGCGCGCGAGCUGGCACAGCUCCGCAAGGAGACCGGCUACCUCUACAAGGCGUGCGAGGAGCUGGUGCACCGCUACGGCCCCGUGGUGGGGCUGCGCGUCGGCAAGGACCGCCAGGUCAUCGUCAGCGGCUACGAGGCCAUCAGGGAGAUGUCCAGCAGGGACGACUUUGACGGCCGGCCGCGCGGGCCUCUCUACGAGACGAGGACCUUCAACCUUCGGCGUGGAUUGCUGCUGACGGACUCGGACUUCUGGUUGGAGCAGCGCAAAUUCGUCAUUCGCCACCUGCGCGAGUUUGGCUUUGGGCGGCGCGGCAUGGCCGGCAUGGUGCAGGACGAGGCGGGCGAGCUCGUCAGGGCCUUCGAGGAGAAGCUGCGCGCCAGCCCCGAGGGCGCCAUCGCGCCCAUGCACGACGCGUUUGGUUUGUACGUGCUCAACACGCUGUGGACCAUGCUGGCCAGCAUCCGUUACACGCCCGAGGACACGGAGCUGGUGACGCUGCAGGCGCUGCUCAACGACCUCUUCACGCGCCUGGACAUGGCCGGCGCCCUCUUCUCCCAGUUCCCCAUCCUGCAGUACAUCGCGCCCGACGCGUCCGGCUACACCGAGUUCGUCACCAUCCACCAGCGGCUGUGGAAGUUCCUCCGCGACGAGAUGGAUCGCCACAUCGAGACGUACGACCCCAACGAGAUGCGCGACUUCAUGGACGUCUACAUCAAGAUGAUCAAGGAGGCGGGGCCAAAUAGCUCCUUCACAGAGCUGCAGCUGCUCGCCAUCUGCAUGGACAUGUUCAUGGCCGGGUCCGAGACGACCAGCAAGUCGCUCGGCUUCGGCUUCCUGUACCUGCUGCGGCACCCCGAGGUGCAGAAGCGCGUCCAGGAGGAGCUGGACGCCGUAGUGGGCUCGGGCAGAGCGCCCGAGCUCGCCGACAGGCCGAAGUAAGUGGCACGUUGCUCGUAGACACUGCUGCCUGACGACCCUGUUUGUAGCUUCACGGUUGGAGCCACAACCAACACGCGCGCAGGCAGCUUUAUCCAAACCGACUGUAAAAAUAAGUCCGCUCGGCGGCCCAAUCCUCAUACCCCGCUCCCCCCGACGCUGUCGCUGACUGAUAACAAAAUUUCCAAGUGUGAAGAAAUAUUUUUUCGUUCUCACAACAUGUUCCCAUCUGUGCGUUGUGAAGUGCUGGGAACAACACAUCAAAAGAUGGCGAUAACUUUUCUGGGAUACCGGCACAAACUGCCGGCCGAAAGAUCGACUCCCGGCCGGGGCGAGGCAACUUUUUUUUUUGUUGCUUCUUGUCUCACGUAAGAUAGGACUGAUUGCCGAAGUCCUGUGUGUGUGGUGCAGCUGGCAGCCGAGCGUACUGAGGCGUGGGCUUUCCAAAACUGUCGGCCCGGAGAUCGACUCCCGGCCGGGGCGAACUGUUUUUGUUGCUCCUUGCCCCCCUAAGGCAGGGU